AUUAUUAUAUUUGAACAUUUUUUUUUUAUCCAUAACCGGCUAGUACAAUACUAUGUAUUGUAGAAUAUUUUUUCAAAAUAUAAUUAUUGCGUUUGUUUCGCGGAAAGAGAAAGUUGUCGACCCUUGACAUCACAUCAUUUUGUUUUUCUUUAUAUAAUACAUUAAAACGAGUAAAAGAAAGCUAAAUAUCUUAUCAGAGUGGAAAUUGAUAACAACGUUUGAUAAAAUGAUCAAUUUACCGUGAACAAAAGAAGCAAUUGCUCAUAGAGUUGAUCUUCUCUUUGUUGAAAAUAAAUCGUCGAAUUGUACAGCGUUCUAAAUUAUUAAAGUUAUUAUAAAUAUCUAUUUUUAUAUUUCAACAAACAUGAGUAACCGUAAACAGCGCUCCAUAGUGACGGUCCAUUGAACUAGAAGAAGUUAUUUCAUUCUGAUGGGGAAACUGUGAUUUAUAUAUAUAUAUAUAUUUUUUUUUUUCUUUUUAUUAUUUUUAAAUUAUUACUUUAUGACUUCAUUACCACGUACGUUUUAAUUAUGAAUUGUGAUUUUUAUGAUAAAUUUAAAGAUAUAUUUUAGUGAGAAGUGUUAGAUAUGUAAUAAAUACGUCGUUGAUUUAUGAAGUGCAUUCUAACCAACAAUGUUACGAGGACGUGUAGAUACUUAUUAUAAAAUACGUUCGAAUAUUCAUAAAUGAUGAUUAUUAUAUUUUAAUUGAGUGAUAUAUAUAUAUAUAUAUAUUCGUAUUUACUGCUCACUCCAAAUUGUUUAUCCGUUUCUUUAUGUUAGUGGAUCUCUGUAGGGAAAAGAUUGAAACGAUGAAGAUAAAUUACGUUCAGUUACCUGUAAAACUACAUUACUUCUUCUUCAUGGGAGCUAUGGGUCCUAUACUUCCUUUUUUACCGGUAUAUGGUAAACAACUUGGCGUUUCACCUGUAGUUAUGGGUAGUGUUACCGCGGUACUUCCAAUUUUAUUUCUCAUUGCUAAACCAGUAUUUGGAUUCUUAGUGGAUCAUUUUUAUACCUGGAGGAAAUCGAUUUUUGUUGCUUUAUUAACGAUAACAAGUGGUUGUUAUAUAUGUAUAUAUUUUGUACCGGCAAUACCGAAUCAAAUUUCAACCGAUUACAAUGAUAUUUCGUGUUCGUCGUUAUAUGACUGCGAGUUUCAUGAUGCAGCAACUUCGAAUUGCGUAAAGAAGGAAAAUGCAAUGUGUCGUUGGAUAUGCGAUAAUGGAAAUAAUUCGUCUUUCGUAGAAAUGAAUACAGAAGGAUCAUCGAACGCGUUUUGUUUGAUCGAUGUAACACAAGUCUCUAAUUGUUCAAUAAAUAAUAAUAAUAAUAAUAAUAAUAAUAAUAAUAAUAAUAAUUGUACGAGAACAAGUCUGAUUUUAGAAGAUAAUUAUAAUUUAUAUAUAUCUAUGACAUUUUGGAGUUUUGUACUUUUAAUGUCGCUUGGUAAUAUAGGUUUCAACAUAUCGAAUUGUAUCAGCGAUGCAAUUUGUUUCGAUGUAUUAGGAGAAGGUGGUCAAAUGGGAUAUGGCAGACAACGUGUUUGGGGUACUGUAGGUUUUGGUAUUUCUGCCUUUUUAGCUGGUUAUGCCGUAGAUUUAUGGUCUCAGGGGAAAACUAUAAAGACGUAUACACCGUCUUUUAUACUUGUUUUUAUUUUUACCUCUAUCGACUUGCUAUGUUGUACGAAAUUAAAGUUACCUAUUAUGUCAGGAUCUACGAGCAUCAUGAAAGACGUUUACAAUCUAUUGAAGUUGAAACCAAUAUUCAUAUUUUUAUGCUUUGCCACACUCGCCGGUAUUCUUGACAGCUUCAUGAUAUACUUUUUAUUUUGGUACUUAGAGGAUCUUUCAAAGGCUACAGGUUAUAUGGACAAAAUUAAAUUAAUAGAAGGACUGAUAGUAGCGGCUCAAACGUUAGGAGGCGAAGUAAUAUUCUUUUCGUUAUCUGGGAAAAUAUUGAAAAAAAUUGGAUAUGGAUACAGUUUUGCGUUUUGUUUAUUAUGUUAUUCUAUACGACUCGCAUUGAUAUCUUUGGCAUCAACACCUUGGUGGGUCGUACUUAUCGAAUUCUUUAUGCAAGGCCCAACCUAUGCACUUUGUUAUACAACUAUAGUUGCAUAUGCAAGCGCAGUGUCCCCUCCAGGAACAUCGGCUACUGUUCAAGGAAUUGUCGCUGGAAUGGACGAUGGUUUAGGUUACGCAAUUGGUAGUUUAUUUGGUGGAAUUUUAUACAAAGAAAUGGGAGGUGUUAUUACUUUGCAAAUUUUUGCUACAAUAGCCAUAUUGUCUUCGUUAAUUUACGUAUUUUUACAUAUUAUUUAUUUAAAACACAAGACACCAGAUACUCGAGGACAGGGUGAAUGGAAGUCACCAGAGGAAGCAAAUAUGGAAUGUACUGUUGCUGAAAAAUAACAAUAUCGUAAACAAAACAAAUAUAUAUCUAGAUAUUUGUUAAAUAUAUUUAU